UUUCCAUAUCCCCAUGUGCAAUGGAGAACAAGAGAUAGCGGGACUUCCUCGAACACGACCUACAACUGGUUACUUUGAUUAUCAGAUAGCUCCCAUUUCCGAUAUUUAACACAAAUUACCGAUAUAAAGUAGAUGUCUACACCAGAAGGCAGCAAGAUGCCUGAAUCUGGGGAUGUAAAGCCACCUGUUACAACUCAACCUAUCACAGGGGCAGUCCCUUCUGGAGCAGCUCAAACCAGUACUGUUUCUGCACCUAAACCAUCAUCACAGGCACCUCAGAAACCAAACUACACUUUGAAGUUUACCAUGGCUGGUCACACCAAAGCAGUAUCAUCAGUCAAGUUCAGUCCAAGUGGGGAGUGGCUUGCGAGCUCAUCUGCUGAUAAACUGAUCAAAAUUUGGGGAGCUUAUGAUGGAAAGUUUGAGAAAACAAUAAGUGGUCACAAAUUGGGUAUAUCUGAUGUAGCCUGGUCUACGGACAGUCGCAUGCUUGUCAGUGCAUCUGAUGAUAAAACUCUGAAGAUAUGGGAUUUUGCAACAGGGAAAUGUAUGAAGACUUUGAAGGGCCAUAGUAAUUAUGUAUUUUGUUGUAACUUCAACCCACAGUCUAACCUGAUAGUUUCAGGGUCGUUUGAUGAGAGUGUAAGAAUAUGGGAUGUGAAAACUGGAAAGUGUUUAAAAACGCUCCCUGCUCAUUCGGAUCCAGUUACUGCAGUACACUUCAACAGAGAUGGCUCCUUGAUAGUAUCCAGUAGUUAUGAUGGUUUAUGUCGGAUAUGGGACACAGCUUCUGGACAAUGCCUCAAAACAUUAAUAGAUGAUGAUAACCCACCAGUAUCCUUCGUAAAGUUUUCACCCAAUGGAAAAUAUAUUCUUGCAGCAACAUUAGACAACACAUUAAAGUUAUGGGACUACAGCAAAGGAAAGUGUUUAAAGACUUACACUGGACACAAGAAUGAAAAGUACUGUAUAUUUGCCAACUUCUCAGUCACUGGAGGCAAAUGGAUUGUGUCAGGAUCUGAAGACAACAUGGUGUAUAUUUGGAAUCUCCAGACAAAAGAAAUUGUACAGAAACUUCAAGGCCAUACAGACGUUUCACUGUGCUGUGCUUGUCAUCCUACAGAAAACAUUAUAGCAUCAGCAGCACUGGAGAAUGAUAAGACAAUUAAACUGUGGAAAAGUGACGUAUGAUGCUGUUGUAUGCUCAUUUUUCUAUCCAUCACCCAUACAUCAUGUGUCAGACCACCAGUGAUAUUCAUAGUCACUCAUCCCACAACUGAGAACAGCAACAGACACGAGACUUUGUAUCUUUUGAUACUGAGCGAAGUCAACAGUUUACUGGAAGAGCAGCAUUUGGAAAUGUUGCUAUUGUUGAAAAGACAUCAGGAGUUCCCAAUUUACUGAAUUUUUCUUUCAAAUGAAGUUUCCAAUGCAUUUAGAUUCAAAGAGUGUUAUUUGAAAACUAAAACAGCAUGUUUUUUUAGAUUCUUUGCAAUGUCUUCAGACAAAAUUCUAUCUACAUGUUCUGUAACAGCAAAAUAACCUCUUUGUUUGCUCACCUUGUAAAAACGACCGGUGAGUGAGCUUAUACCGUGGCACAGGGUCUGUCAGUCCUAAGGUGUUUUUUUAUGAAAAUCAUUUCUUGUUGAAAACCAAAAGGUCUAAACUCAUAUUAUUUGCCCAGUAGGCACUCCAGGUAUAUGACUAAAAAGUUUACUCAUAUAAACGACCUUGACAUACUGACAAGAGCAGAGGGAUCAAAUAUGUUAAAGAUUCGACACAUUUAAAGGACCUAUUGUUAUAGAGUUCAGAUACUUGGGAAUGUUUUGAAGACCAGCAGUGCAAAUUAUUUCCAAUAUGUUGUGUGGUGAUCAAAUGUCGAAUUAAAUAACUGCUGUGGUCAAGGGUAAGCAUUGGGUAAGGGUUGUGAUACAUUGUCAUAAGGUACCUAAGUUUCUUCAUUUGGAAAUAACUUGAGAACGGAAGAGAUCCCCAUUCUAUUACCAUAUAUUUGCUUGUGUGAAAUAAAGGGACAGGCACAGCCAUGCUUCUUGGAUAUGCCCUGGAGGGAAAUAAUUGUGUGUGUAAAAGGAGAAUGAACUUCUCCUUGGGACUAAGCCCAAAAGGGGGUAAUUUGGGCAUUUACAUUUAGCCUACUCCUCCAGAACAGAUGAUCAUAUUUCAACCACAUUUGCUAUCAAACACACUUGGGAUCAAGGAAUUUGAUAUGAUAUUAUAGAAGGAUGUUGUCUUCCUGGGUGCUGAGAAGCAGAGUACAAAAUCGAGAAGGAAUUAUGAUGUUCUUUUUCCAAUAUCUAAGUGAGAGUCCAGAUUCUCAGGUCGUCUUGUUACUUUUUUUCUCUAUAAAUGGAUAUAUCUUUUGACUAAUAUCUAAUCUAUGUUAUUUUCAUAUGAAAAAAAUACCAGGUAGUUAAAUUCAACUCUUUUUAUAAUUGAAAACUAGUUACUUUUUCUUUGUACAUGGCUUUUUGCAAUGUAGGGUUGUUUUAUGUGUACAGAAAUAGUUUUAUAGUUUUAUACAAACCAUUUAGUUACAGUUAUAAUCUGUAACGUGAAAAGUCUUAUUCAAGAAAAUCUCCCUCACAAUACAAUAUACAGUACUAAAACCCCUCAAAACUAUCUUAAUGUAUAUAUGAAUAAGUCGAUAUAAUGCAUUCUUACAGAUACCUGUGCACAUUUGCAUUUUUUGGUACAAUAUGGAAGGUGAAAGUUGUUUCACUGAAAGCAAAUCCUGCGUACAUUUUACCAACAUAGUAAUAUUCAUAUUUUGAUGCCCUCUUUGUUACUUUCCGUUUUACUGCCGACAUUAAUAAAAGAAUAUCUCUUUCUCAAUGCACAAGAGAAAAAUUAAUUGCUAGGGAUAUAGAUACAUAUAAAUCAUAACUCCAAAACCAGUGCAAGGCAUGAGGAGUUCAGUUAAUUCCCACAAAAUUUAAGGUGUUAACAGUAAUUCUAUUAGAAAAUUGCUGAAACCAAUACCUAAAGUUCCAAUGGUCGUUUUGUCAAUGUAAACACAUAUGGUCUUGUUUUACACUCAAACAAGUUUAAAUAGUCUAAUUGUUUCUAUUUAGCUGAAUAGGUGUCUCCAUUUGUAUUGCAAAGAGAAAAUCUUAUUGUUCUGUUUUACUGCCAACACUAUGGUUAGAUGCUACAUUCUUCAUCACUAGUCAUAAACAAUUAUUUGAUCGACAAUAUAUUCUUAACACUUCUCUGUGAUGUCAAAAAUUUGCCCAUUUUCUAUUUUUAAAAUAAACACAGGUGUAUGUGAUAACCAGAAAGUGGGAAUGAUUAUAUUGUAUUAUUUGUUAAUAAGGCAGAUUUAUUACAGUUUAUGAGAGUACAACAGAAAACCAUUGACCGUAUUGUUUAUGAGGCUUAACGUUUUGGACACUCUUAAGAGUUAACCAUACAUUUAUUUCAGACAUUAGCUUUGGACAUCACUCAUUUCAAAUCUUGUUGUAUUGUUAAUCUGAUCCCUGUUUAACAAACAAAAUUUCUGACUGGAUGGAUUCAAAUUUUCUCAGUUUAUGUCCAAUGCAUGUACACGUAUAUUGAUAUCCUUUUAUACCCAAACUAUUGAUACAGGAUGCAAAGAUUAUGGUAAUAACAAACAAAAAUUAAGAAUUGAUUGUGUAAAGUUCUGUUUUGUUUCUGAUAGUGGGCCAGAUCAGAUACAUGCUGCACUUCAUUCUAGAUAUUUUGUUGCAGAAUUUUCAAUUAACACAUGUAAUUGGGCAGCUGAGGGAAAGAUAGUACUUUUCCCAAACAUUGUAAUAAUAAUGCUGUUCAAAUGAUACUUGUUGUGUCUAUGUUUGUGUUCAUUUCGCUGUUUUGUUAAUUAAAACAAGUUGUAUACAUGACGUGUGUAUGUAUAAAAAUGUAUAAAGAAUCAUUAAAAACAAUAAAACCUUAAA